AGCAAAGCACAAAAAAUACAGAAUUUUGACCUAAAGUAUAAAGAAAACAAAUCGAAAAAGACAUUUAAUACAAACAAGUAAUAAAGAUUGUGAUUAGAUAUUAAUGGACACCAAAUGAUCCAAAACCAAAAUGAAGUGGUAAGAUACUCUAUAUUCUAUUCUUAUGCAUUGCCACAAAAUUAGCCUUUCAUCACUCCUCUCCCUUUUGCUAUCAUCACAUUGACCCAUAACUUUUACCCUAAAACCUCUUUAACCAAAAAACCAUGUUCCAUAAUCCAAAUUCUCCCCUAAUCUUCUUUGAUUAACCCCAUUAAUCAAAUCCCAAAUUACCCCAAAAAAUACCAUUAUUUUUCUUUCUUUCUUCUUCUUCCAAAUCUCAAAUUCUCUUCACUCAUAUUUUUGCAUCAAAUUUUUUUUGGGUAAAUUUUUUUUAAAAAAAAAACACAAACAUAAAAAUUAGAUUUGAGAAGAAGAUUAAGAGAGAGGAAAGAAAAAACUCACACACAGUAUGGUAAAGCGCAGCCAUCGAACGGAAGAAGGAUGAAGAUGACAACAACAACGUUUCUUCCCGGUUAAAAAAUAAAUAAAAAAAAACCUCUUUUUUUUUUCUUCUUCGAAACGUUUCGUAUAUCCCGCCAUUGUUACCUUCUUCCAUUUUCUCUCUCCUCUCUCUUCUUCCUUUGUUCUUCAUUCUUCAACCAAUUCGAUCUUCUUCGGUUUCGAUUUCGAUUUCCUCGGUUUUGAUUCUUCGGUUUGAUUUGGAGUGGUGAAUUCUAGGGUUUAUAAAUGGUGGAAGGAGGAAUUGCCGGAGAAUCGUCGAAUUCGGCGUCGAGAGGGCCGUCGGCGUGCGCGAAAAUCGGUGACCGGACUAGGUUUACGGUGGAGCUGAGACCUGGUGAGACUACCAUUGUUUCAUGGAAGAAGCUUAUGAAAGAUGCUGCUAAGACUGAUGGUUCCUCUUCUUCCGCCGCUGCCGCCGCCGCUCCUGCUGCUCCUGCUGCUACCGUUCCUGUCGCUGCUGUUGCGGCUGCUGCGAGUGGUGCGGUUGCCGCUACCGCGGCUGCUGUUGCCGCUCCUACGGGACCAAAUAAUUCGCUUACCGCGCUCGAGUCUCGCCUUGCUCCGGGACAACCUGCUGCAAAUGAUAUGAAUGAUGCACCUGCUCCUAAUCGUUUCAGUGCCGUUAUUGAGAAGAUUGAGCGUCUGUAUACGGGCAAGGAUAGUGAUGAUGAAGAUCUUGAUGACAUUCCAGAUGACGAUCAAUAUGAUACCGAAGAUUCAUUUAUUGAUGAUGCUGAACUGGAUGAGUACUUCGAAGUUGACAAGUCAAAGACUAAGCAUGAUGGUUACUUUGUGAAUCGGGGUACACUGGAGAAAGUAAUUGAGCCAGUGGAAUCAGUUAGUCAGCAGCCAAAGAAGAGGAGGAGGAAGGAAGUAGCAAAGGCUCCUGGGGAUAAUCAUGAUGGUCAGGGUGCCAUUAAGCCCAUGAAAGUGGGUAAAAAGGGUGCUGGCAAGUCUGCCUCAUCAGCUGACAAGGGCGUUUUGCCUACAUCGCAAUGUCCUUCAUUGAAGAGCUCUGAAGACAUGAAAUUUCAGAACAUUCUGAAAAACAUUGCUGACAGUAAAUCUUUGUUUGAUCCUUAUGCAUCUUUGAGGACUUCACAUGGUGAUACAUCAUCAGCUUUAGCAGAGAACAGUGACAAGCAAAAGACUGGGAUAAUGGGAAAAAAUUCUAGUGGCAAGCUGAGAGAGGCUAGCGAAAAUGGCGAUAAAUCCGAAUUUAUACAUAAAAGUCAAUCCCUUAAGCCAAACCAUGUUGAGGAAUCUGAUUUAGCUGCACAGCCAAAGGAUAAGAUUGGCAUGCGUGAAAGGAUAGACCUUAAUCUUCCUGACAAUAAGCAGACUAUACAGCCUAUGAAAAUUUCUGUUUUGCAUAAAAAGGAAGGUUCUAGUGUUAAGCCCAAAGCUAAUGUGUUGGAGAAGGCCGUCAGAGAACUGGAAAAGGCAGUUGCAGAAUCGAGACCACCAGCUCCAGAUGCUCAAGAUGCUGACUCAUCAGGGCAGUCUGUCAAAAGAAGAUUGCCUCGAGAAAUCAAGCAGCGGCUUGCCAAAGUCUCUAGACUUGCUCAUGCAAACAAUGGUAAGGUGUCAAAGGAACUCCUGAACCGUCUUAUGGAUAGUUUGGGGCAUUUAAUUCAGCUCAGAACCUUAAAGAGGCACCUAAAACUAAUGAUGACCAUGAGCUUGUCUGCGAAACAAGAGAAAGAUGACAAGUUCCAACAAACAAAGAAGGAGGUUGUUGAAAUGAUUAAAACUCGUAUUCCGUCCCUGAUGUCUAAGGCAGCUGAACAACAAGGUGGAGGAUCGGGUGAAUUUCAAGAGGGUGGUCUUUUAGAAAAGACAGGAAAAGGGCAGAUUUGUAUGGAUGCUACAUUGGAGGAUAAGAUUUGUGAUCUCUAUGAUAUUUUCGUUGAUGGACUUGAUGAAGAUGCAACUCCUCAAGUCAGAAAAUUAUAUGCUGAGCUUGCUGAACUAUGGCCUAAAGGAGUCAUGGACAAUCAUGGGAUCAAGCGUGCUAUCUGUCGAGCAAAAGAACGGAAGAGGGCACUGAAUGAGAAGAAUAAGGACCAGGAGAAAAUCAGGAGGAAAAAAGUGCUAGCUGCAAACACAGAAGAAACUGUUCGUGUUGAGUCUAGUUCAGCUGUUCAAUCGCAGUUUGUGGACACGAAAAUGGUCUCUGAUCCCAGUAUAGCUGUUGCAACUCAGCAAAAUAGAUUUUCCACUGUAACAAGUGUCGCACCUGCAACUACGACUGCAGUUAGCACAAGUAUUGCCACUUCUGUGUCAAUCCCCCCGACAAAUGUGCCCAAUUUUGAACGUUUGAAGCAAGAGAAAGUGAAGGUAACACAGAACAAUUCUCUGAUAGAUGGUAGGAUUGAUAUGGGUGUAAAGAAAAAGGUAAAGAAGAGGACGGAAAACCUGUUGGGAGAGAUACCCUUGCGUUCUGAGAAGCUAUCUUCUCAUCAAGGCGAUGAUAGACAAAAACAGCCCAAACAUGCUGCAACUGCUGGCCAACUCCAGAAUUCUUCUCUUAAGUCAAGUUACGACGAGUUCCGGUUUGAACCACUGACGUGAUCAAUACAUCAUCAUCGUGAACCUGCUUGUGUAACAAAGUUGAUUUUUUUUAUUUAUUUUUUAAAUCUUUAUUUCUCAUCUCGCCCCUGGCUCCAUUUGUCUUCAGCAGGUGAGUUUAGCUUAGCCAGUUUUGUAAUUAAAUUUCCUUUUCCUUCUUUUAGAAGCUCAUUUUUACAAUUGAAUAGAAAAAGUAGAGCUGUAUGUCACCGGUAGCUGAUAAUCAUUCAUACAUCCUUUCUGAAUCGUCUCUCUUCCCUAGCUUUAUACAGCCCGAAAGGGCGAGUUUAACCA